AUGGAAUCAACAAUUCCAUCUGAAGUAAUUACGACUGACAGUUUUGGAGAAGCACCAUAUUCUGGUAUCACAAGAAUUCUAAAAGAAAAAGCACAAUUAGAACGCUCGAAACCAUCAUAUAUUCAUGAAAUAGAUGUUAACAAAGAUAAUCAGUUCCAGUGGGAUGUGCUGAUUUUACCGCCCCGACCACCGUACAAUGAAGGAAUAUUUCGAUUGCGCAUAAUUUUUCCUUCUGAUUAUCCAUUCAAACCGCCUUAUGUACGCCUAGUUACUCCAAUUUACCAUCCAAACAUCGAUGAGAGAGGAUACUCGUGCCUCGCAAUCUUGCAGUUUGAUAAUUGGAAACCUGGAACAGAUGUUGAAAGUAUUGUACAAGCGUUUAUAUUCUUACUAAAUGACCCGGAACCUGAACGCCCACUUCGUCAUCAAAUCGCUGAACAAAUCUAUAAGAAUAAGACAGAAUUCAUAAAUGCAGCUAUUGAGCAUACCAAGAAGCAUGCUGAAAAGAAACCAAUGUAA